UUUGUUUUGGAAGUUGAUUCUAAUGUCGAUGGGUAGUUUCACCCUUAAUGUUUAAUCUCACCGAAAAACUAUUCUUUAAGAAGAUAACAGGGCAAAGUAACCAAUUGCCGGCCAGUGAUGCAGCGUUGGAGCGAGCCGUACUCGAUGAUACGUUCUUUUUUCUGUGUGGAGUUAAUACAUGCAACAUAAAGUACCACGAUGACACGGACAUCCUUGUAAAUCCUGCGUACACAAACGCGAACGUCCUAAAAGCAAUCAGGAAGCUCGGCUUGCAGGUAAAGUCGUUUGAAAAAUAUGUUUUUGAGAAUGAGUACUGUAGUGAUUCGCUUAAGCGCAUUCUAUCCGAUGCAAUAGAAAGGAAACUCGAUCAGUUUCGGCUCUUUCUUGUUUCACAUAGGGGGAAGGUGCAAAGCAUCGAGGAUCUUUUGGUAAAGCUAUCCGAUCAUAUUGACCUGUUCAAUGAAAUAGAGCGAAUUGUUGGUAUAGUACACGAAAAAAAUGGUGAUGAGAUAAUAAAUGUCAUAAAAGAGCGAAAAGACAAAAUGGUGCACUUUAAUGCUUUCUACGAUAAUCUCAUACAGAGAUUUGCGUUCGAUAUUAACCAGAGAAUCAACCUAUUCGUUUGUUAUGGAAUCAUUAAGGUACCUUUUUUCAUGGUGAAGGAGAACGACACGUUCAAUUUUGACGAGAAAUUCUUUACUAAUAAGUUCUUUUUGGAGAAUGGCCAUGUUCCCUUCUACCUCAGAAGCAGCAAACUUGUUCUUGAGUGCGGUUUGUACAGCAGUCUAAUAAGGACAAUAAAGGCAUCGGCAGAGAACCAGGGAAAGAGGUUGAACUUACACCACGAUUUCUAUGACAUGAUGCACGAUAUACCCUUUAUCGAUAAAACGAUGAAAAGCGACGCGAAACACACGGAUGACCGGGUUAAUCCAGGAAGUGGAGAUGGCAAUAGACCAGAAAAUGACGGUUCGCACUAUAACUAUGAGAUGCUUUCGGUAAAUCUACCCUACGAAUAUAUCAUGAGACAGCACAGCUAUAAAUACAAAAUGUUAAACGAUUUAUGUCUGAAAUACCUCAGCGAUGAGUGGACAAAUAUGAAAAACUACAUAUUUUUGAUGGACAGUGCCUUUUUUACCGAUGUGCUGAGUGAGAUCAACGAGAACAUACUGGACAAAUCAAAGAAGAACGUUUUAAAGAUUAACAGAAUAAUCAGUAACCAUAGCAUUUCAUUCUACAUUUCAAAAAAUAGUAUUAUUACGAUAAUCAGCAAAAUCUUGAAUCUAGAAUUGAACUACGAUUUCGACGAAGAGUUAUGCAUACUGGAUGGUCUUUCGAUCGAGUACAAGCCAAAUAACAUUUUCCGAUUAUUUUUUUCGAAAAAGAACAUCGAUGAACUCGAGCUCAUUUUCAGGAUGCUGUUCACGCUAUUUGUUAUUAAUUUCAGCAUCGUAAGGGAAGACCGCAAUAUUUUCAGCAACCUGAUUCUAGCUUUAAAUAACUUUCUAGUGUCCUCAUUUUACACUAACAAUAUCCUGAGAGAAAUUUUGAACACAAAGGUCUAUGAUUUAAACUCGUAUAUUGGCAAAGUUAAUGAAAUUAUAAAAAUUUCGCUCCGUGAUCUUUAUAUCACGUCUUAUAAUGUGUUCAAAAUACUCGGUGCAUAUUUCGUUUUGUGCUUUAAAUACAUCAAAUACAAGAAGGAGGACCGUGAAGAGUUGAAAAAAAUCAUUCUUGACUUGAAUACUGCGAUAGAUAACGAAAAUUACAACAUAUUUCUCGCAAAUUUACUGUACAGGAUGAAGAAACACAUUACAAACGAAUAAAUGAUCUGUGUGCCUAUUGAGCAAGCAUAUUUGAAUAAAUUCAUC